AUGCUACCGCCACCGGGUUUGGAGCUCACAUCUACAUCAACUUUCCUCGACGAUGCCUCUCCUACAUCUAUUCUCACAUCUGCGAUAGCAACUUCAACGGCUUUAUUACUUGAUCUCGUAAACCCAGCAUCUACAACCACUUCAAUACUUGCUGCGGCAACAGAUGACGAUACACACUCCAAACCUGACAAUGGAGAAUGCCAACUUCUUGGCAAUUUUGCCAUUUUAGUUCAGGGUUCGCUAGGUCUACUGGCUGUGAUGGCCUUGGUAUUUAAGAGAUGGAGAGAACGACCUCAACGACCUAUGAAGAUUUGGUUCUUUGAUGUUUCGAAACAAGUGGUUGGAAGUGUGUUGGUGCAUAUCGCAAACUUGUUGAUGAGCAUGUUAUCGAGUGGACAAUUAAGUAUCAAAUUAGAUGCGAGUAGUGUCUCGAAGAGAAUGGUGGAUGAUGGAGGACAAUAUAAGCCAAACCCUUGCAGUUUUUAUUUACUGAACUUGGCUAUUGAUACAACGAUCGGUAUACCGAUACUCAUAUUUCUUCUUCGAAUACUCACAGCACUCUUCGUUAUGACACCAUUUGGUAGCCCACCCGAAUCGAUCGAAUCAGGCAAUUAUGGCCACCCACCAAGAGCAGUUUGGUGGUUCAAACAAUCUAUAAUUUAUUUCAUCGGCUUGAUGGGUAUGAAAAUAUGUGUACUCAUCAUCUUCCUUGUCCUCCCUUGGAUUUCCCGCAUCGGAGAUUGGGCACUGCGGUGGACGGAAGGAGAUACAGUAUUGCAAGUCAUAUUCGUCAUGUUGAUCUUCCCAGUUAUCAUGAAUGCGACUCAAUAUUACAUCAUCGAUUCAUUUAUCAAAAACCAGAAGCCUGAUCACGAGCUGAUCCCAAAUGAGGAUAGUGAUAGUGAGGAAGGAACAGAUGGACGUUAUGCCGACCCGAGCGGAAGUAGUGAUGAGAUUCUUUCUGCUGGAGAGGAGGAAGAAGAUGAAGAAGUUUUGGCAAAAGUUCAUAAGAAGACUAGGCCUGAAACGCCGAAGAACGAGAAACGUUUAGGACUCAGGACAGGAAAUAAAGACUAUGACCCUCUAUACGAUGGAGAGAGUAGUCCAACGGUGGUAGGAAGCACAAGUUCAAGGCCAGGAGAUGACAGUGACGACAACACAAAGAAAUAA